AUGGCAACAAACCUCAUGUUGACCGGCAAGUAGCUCCAAUUCGUGGAGUAAAUUUGCAAACGACCUCACGUAAGUGAAAUGUUUAGCCGCUUCUUCAUCUUCCUUUUUUCUACCGAGAGAUUUUUUGGCUAAAGUUCUCAAUUUGGCGGCAUACUCCUCCUCAAUAAGGGCCCGCUCCUUUGCGAAAACACCUAUUCUUUCUAGAAAUUCAACACCUUUUUGUGUAUACCCCGCAACAGCAUCCGUCUGA